GUUGCGAGUAGUCAAAAGUAUAAUUAGUGUAGUAUCAAAAAAUACUAUUUCUCAAUCUAAUUUCGACUGGUCGUCCAUGUUCACUGUGCAGCUUGGCGAUUCCUGGCUUGAUGAAGCUACAUACAUUGAAGAAGCUUUUACCAUAAAAAGGGCGUUGCGUGAAAUAAGCCAAGAUAUGAUACCACCGCAAGACCAAAUACUCAUCGAGAAGAAAGAUAGCUCAAGAAAAAGUAGUGACUCUAGUGUAGAGUCUACGACAUGGGAGCUAUUGAAGGUGUCAAGGGAGAAGCAGAAGUUCGAAGUAAGUUCGCCCGAUUUUGAUGCCUUCCGUGGACCAGAGCAACACUGGUUACAGAGACCUGACGUCCCGUGGAAGGUGGUGGACACAUCGAAAACUAAAUGUGAAAAGUGGUUGAAUCAAGCUACUGGAUAUUUACACACAAUAUAAAAAUGCAUAAUGGUAUAUAAAUAAAACACUGCAUCAAAUUGGAUAACACACUGAAC